CCUGUUUUCUUCUUCUUUCAGACAUUCAGUUCUUCAAGUGGCUAAAGACGCAAAACCUAACUCAGGAAUGAUGAAAUACAUUCAAAAUGCUAAUACCUUUCUUCUUGUGUUGGCUUGCUUUUCACUAACUGGACUCAUUUUUUUGGGCUACAACUCUAUCUCAUUCGGAUAUAAAGAGAUAAGAUUAUGCCUCAACCUAACAAAAGCGCACCAGGAAAACUCGAACUUGCAAUCACAACAAGGGCUUUCAUACAAUCAGCCCAGUGUAGUUGGCCUCGAUGGCAAAGUUAUUGCCUUGACACCAUGGUUAGCACCAAUUGUAUGGGAAGGAACUUUUGAUUCAUUCCUGAUCGAUUCAAUCUACAAACAACAAAACAUCACCAUUGCAACUACAGUCUUCGCUCUUGGAAAAUACACGCAGUUUCUUAAAGAUUUCCUGGAGUCCGCAGAGCAGAAUUACUUUGUUGGAUUUCGUGUGCAUUAUUACCUGUUCACCGAUCAUCCAGAACAGGUUCCUGCAGUGAAACUGGGCGAAGGUCGUCAACUGACGGUGUUGACAGUGGCUAGUUCUAACAGAUGGCAGGAGAUCACUUUGCGCAGGAUGGAAAAGCUGGAGAAACUGAUCGAAAGCCGAUUGGUCAAUGAAGCCGACUAUGUUUUCAGUCUUGAUGUGGACACAAAGUUCUAUGGGCGAUGGGGGGCAGAGUCUUUGGGUCGUCUUAUAGGUGUGAUACAUCCUGGUUACUAUCAAACUCACCGUGAACAGUUCCCAUAUGAGCGCAGGCCCGAGUCUCAAGCAUACAUUCCUGUUGCUGAGGGUGAUUAUUAUUAUGGAGGAGCUGUGAUCGGUGGCUUAGUGAAAGAUGUACAUGAGGUUGCUAAAACCUGCCGGGAGCAGCUGGACAUUGAUGCAGCUAAAUCCAUUGAGGCGGCAUGGCAGGAGGAGUCUCAUUUGAACAAGUACUUCCUGUAUAACAAACCCAGCAAGGUGCUCUCACCAGAAUACCUGUGGCAGGACUUCAAACCUCACACAAACGAAGUCAAAAUCAUUCGCUUUUCUCAAGUUAUUAAAAACUAUGCCGCAGUUCGUCCAAACCCAUAAAAGCUGUUAACUGAAACAUACAUAUUUAUGCACUUUAUAUGUCAUUAGUAUGAAAACACCUGCCAGGCAUGCAUGUAAAUGUAACAGAUGUCCGUGAUUGACUAACAAAACCUGUGGCCAAAUAUUUUUUCCUCAGGUAUACAUCAACAUUUGUACUGCUGCUCUCACAGGUUAUGUGGAUUAAAUGUAUAACAUUGCAGGAAAACAGUUUUACAAUUAAAUGGAAUCAAUGAGAGAUAAAA